AUGUCCUCUAGUCUAACUGAGUGCUUUAACCCAUGGAUAUUGGAAGAGCAUGAAUUGCCCGUGGUGGAUAUGGUUGAUCGUAUAAGGAAAAAGAUGAUGAAAUCAAUGUGUUUGAGGAGAGAAAAGACAAGUAAAUGGGAGCAGGUGAUUUGUCCUUAUGGGGCGUCUCGGUUGGAAAAGUUAUAUGAUUUAGUUAAAACAUGGAAAGUGAUUCCUUCAAGUGCAGAUAUAUUUGAAGUUGACACCGAUCCGUUAGUAAGUGUUAAUAUUAGGAGGCGUACAUGCAGUUGUUGGUGGCAGUUGAAUGGAUUCCCUUGUUGUCACACUGUCUGUGCUAUCAAAUACAGUGGUAAGAAUUUGAACUUGUAUGUAGAGCGUUAUUUUCACGAUGAGAGUUAUUGUGAGGUGUAUUCAAAACCAAUUUAUCCGGUUGCGUCAUUGUGGAAAGGUGAUGUGGUUGAUUGUGGUACUAGUAUUUUGCCACCCUUGUCAAAAAAGCCUCUAGGGAGGCCUAAGAAUAAGAGGAUUCGUUCGAAUGGUGAGAAGGUUAAAGAAAUGAAGUGUGGUAAAUGUGGGGAAAUGGGGAAUCAUAACAAACUUACUUGUAAGGAGGAUUUGAGGCCUGGUUUGUAG